AUGGCUACGACCAACAAAUAUCCACCGUCGACAACUAUGACCAGACCGUCCAUCCAAACGAGGGGGAGGUCUGCGAGCAUCUCAAUGGAGGGAAAGCCCAAAGAGCUGGAGCGAAGGUCGACGGGACUUGCAUAUACAAGAAGCUCGGCCACAAACCUUGCUGGACCAACUACGGUGAAGUCUGCUUCGAGGCCGAGAGAAGCCACUUCGAGGUCGAGAGAUCCCAUUCGGCGGCCUGCAACACCCACAGCCCAAACGGGUAUACCGACGACUACUCGGCGAUCAGCAACGCCAACUGCCAUGCCUCGAUCCAAUACUUACUCAGGUGGGCCUCCUUCCUCUGCCGGUACGCUGCUGUCAUCGGAUCAGGCAUCCCAACUGAAACGACCAUCGAAUUCUUCUUUACACCGCCCCAACUCACCAAGCAAGACUCUGUCUGCCAAGCCUUCGGCGUCACAUCUCGCCCCUCCUUCGCCCUCCAAGUUGCCAGCUAAUAUUGCUGCGUCGGCUGAAGUUAGUAAGCUUCAAGCAGAGCUCCUACAGCUGUAUCUGCUUCACCAGGAGGCUCCAACUGUGGAUGCUGAAUGGAGGGCGAGUGCCAAGCAGAAGCUGGGGAACCGGUUCCAAAAGCUGAGCGAAGAGAGUAGGGAGGUUGCUGAGCAGGAGAGUAUAGCACUGGAAAAGCGGAACGUGCUCGCGCUCCGAAGAUGGGGCAGUGGUGGUAGACUGGACGAGAAGAUCCAGUCUCUGGAAUCCAUCAUUACGAAUGUAUGGUCACUGAGCGACCCAGGUGGCCGAUAUGCUCGUGUGGUGCGACAUUUCGAGAUUUGGAUCGAUGGCGUGAGUGAGAUGGAGGACGCGAGAAGAAAGGGCGCCAUGCUCACCCAAGGAAACGACAACCUGUUCAUUGAAGACUUGGAUGCCCGAUGGAAAGAGGAGCGUGGAGAUCUCAUCCAGCUUCUAACCGAAUGGAGGCAGCAGCUCAGCGAUAUCGAUGACCUGAGUCGAGAUGAGUUUUACGAGCCGCCGGAGGAGGAUGAGAAAUCUAGCUUGGAGAAGAUGCUGGACGGAUCGCGUAUGCUGAUUGACGACAUGUUGGCGGAGUUGGAGAUUAUGGAGGAGGUUGAGCACGAGGCGCUUGCGAGGGAAGAUGCGUGGAUCGAGAAGAUGAAUAGGAGCGAGGAGGAUGACGACUUCCGGGUCUCGCGGGUGAGAGGCGCCUGGAACGAAAUGUGA